GGCGUCCCCCGGCCGAACCCCUUCCUCGCGCCUCCGCUCCCGGCUCUCGCCUCCCCUUGCCAGAGUCUCGUCAGUCCCUUCCUGUAGCUGCAGCCGCCUCUGGAGGAGCGCGUCCACCUCUGGUCACCAUGCCCAGCAAAACCAAGUACAACCUUGUGGACGAUGGGCACGACCUGCGGAUCCCCUUGCACAACGAGGACGCCUUCCAGCACGGUAUCUGCUUUGAGGCCAAGUACGUAGGAAGCUUGGAUGUGCCGAGGCCUAACAGCAGGGUGGAGAUAGUGGCUGCCAUGCGCCGGAUAAGGUAUGAGUUUAAAGCCAAGAACAUCAAGAAGAAGAAAGUGAGCAUUAUGGUUUCAGUGGAUGGAGUGAAAGUGAUUUUGAAGAAGAAGAAAAAGCUUCUUUUAUUGCAGAAAAAGGAGUGGACGUGGGAUGAGAGCAAGAUGCUGGUGAUGCAGGACCCUAUCUACAGGAUCUUUUAUGUCUCUCAUGAUUCCCAAGACUUGAAGAUCUUCAGCUAUAUUGCUCGAGAUGGUGCCAGCAAUAUCUUCAGGUGUAAUGUCUUUAAAUCCAAGAAGAAGAGCCAAGCUAUGCGAAUUGUCCGUACAGUGGGUCAGGCCUUUGAGGUCUGCCACAAGCUGAGUCUGCAGCACACACAACAGAAUGCCGAUGGACAGGAAGACGGGGAGAGUGAGAGGAACAGCAACAGUUCAGGGGAUCCAGGCCGCCAGCUCACUGGAGCCGAGAGGGCCACUACAGCCACUGCAGAGGAGACUGACAUCGAUGCUGUAGAGGUCCCACUACCAGGGAAUGAUGUCCUGGAGUUCAGCCGAGGGGUAACCGACCUUGAUGCAGUUGGGAAUGAAGGAGGCUCCCACACAGACUCAAAGGUUUCACCCCACCCUCAGGAGCCCAUGCUGACAGCCUCACCCAGGAUGCUACUUCCCUCCUCAUCCUCGAAGCCACCACCGGACUUGGGCUCAGGGACACCGCUCUCCACCCACCACCAGAUGCAGCUCCUCCAGCAGCUCCUCCAGCAGCAGCAGCAGCAGACACAAGUGGCUGUGGCCCAGGUUCACUUGCUGAAGGACCAGUUGGCUGCAGAGGCUGCGGCACGGCUGGAGGCCCAGGCUCGUGUGCACCAGCUCCUGCUGCAGAACAAGGACAUGCUCCAGCACAUCUCACUGCUGGUCAAGCAGGUGCAGGAGCUGGAGCUAAAGCUGUCGGGACAGAACGCCAUGGGUUCCCAGGACAGUUUGCUGGAGAUCACCUUCCGCUCUGGAGCCCUGCCUGUACUCUGCGACCCCACGACCCCUAAGCCAGAGGACCUGCACUCACCGCCACGGGGCGCGGGCUUGGCUGAUUUUGCCCACCCAGCGGGCAGCCCCUUAGGUAGGCGCGACUGCUUGGUAAAGCUGGAGUGCUUCCGCUUUCUCCCGCCCGAGGACACCCCGCCCCUGGCACAGGGCGAGCCGCUUCUGGGCGGCCUGGAGCUCAUCAAGUUCCGAGAGUCAGGCAUCGCCUCGGAGUACGAGUCCAACACGGACAGUGAGGAGCGCGACUCGUGGUCUCAGGAAGAGCUGCCCCGCCUGCUGAAUGUCCUGCAGAGGCAGGAGCUGGGCGAUAGCCUGGAUGAUGAGAUUGCUGUGUAGGUGCUGUGAGGCGAGAAGGAGAUGGAG